AUGCGUGGAGUUUCUGUAGAAGACGUGAAGCCGCGGGAGCUCGUCAGGGCUGUGGCAGCCUUCCUCAGAAAGUCUGGGAAGCUGGAGGUUCCUGAAUGGGUGGGCACUGUCAAACUGGCCAAACACAAAGGGAUUGCUCGCUGUGAUGAAAACUGGUUCUACGCACGAGCUGCUUCCAGAGCACCACACGGGGACCUCUGGGGCAGUGCCUCCCAGGGACGCCUCCGGGACCAAGACCUGCAGGGAACGUCCAAGAAACGGGGUUCUGACCAGCCACUUCAGCAGGGGCUCCAAGAGCCUGGCCCACAGGGUCCUCCAAGCCCUAGAGAGGCUGAAAGUGGUGGGAAAAUACCAGGGUGGGGGCUGCAAACUGACAACUCUGGGACAGAGGGAUCUGGACAGACUCACUGGACAGGUGGCAGUUGCCAACAAGAAGCAUUAGAACACAUGCUGGGGUAA